AUGAGCUCUGAUUAUGAAAGUGAUUCUGAACAUUAAGAGUUUGUUACAACCUUUUUUAAUCUCGUUUAAGAUAUUAAUAAAUGUAGUAUUUAUUAAUCAUAUAAAAGAUUUCCAAGUUCAGGCAUAGAGAAAUAGAACUGCUAAAUUCAUAAAAAAUGCUAAAGCGCGAAGAAGUAAUUAUUGUUAAACUAAUUAAUAUUAGAAGCUGGAUAAAUAAAUUUCAAAAUGCCAUAAAGUCUUGAUUAAAAUGUAUCAGAAAUAGUUUCCUUCAAUAAAAACUAAGCAGAGAAAUUAGUUAAGCCAAUGAGAAAUUAAACAAAAAAUUUAGAAAAUUCAUAAGUUGAACCUUUUAUUUGCAACGUCCAUUAAAUACUUAGGUAAAUAUAUUAUGAAUUAAUCAAGAGAUAUCAAAUUGAAAUAAUAGAUCUUAAGAAAUGUUUAAAAAUAAGUUUAUUUGAAUUUAAUCGAUCAUCAUAAUAAAAAGCCAUCUAAAUUGUAACUAAGAACAAGCUGCUUACAUGUGUAAAUUCAUAUCAUAUUAUAACUCUAGAUAUUUGGCAGAAAAAAUAUAUGCUGAUAAAAUAAAAGAUGCUGCCAUUAACCAAACAGUUCAUGAAACUCCAAAUAUAGUAAUCCCCUUGUUCAAAAAUAUCAUGCAGACUAGAAAAGGAAGCAUGGAUUGA